AUGGCAUUCUUCACGGAGGGAAAGAUAAUUCUUCUGGAAGAAAGAUUAGGCAACAAGCGCAUUACUGAGGUCCUCGGGGAUCUGGAAGCAAUAUCUGCGGCCCGGAGGGACGUCUCCUUAGAAAACUUGUUCACAAGCCCGGUUUGCGACAUUGAUGAGUUUUUGGAACAGCAGUGUCCCGCUGAGAGGCGUGCUCUCUACAUCCGCACCUAUUUCGAAGAUGUUUACUCAGUCUGGCCUUAUCUACCCCGCGAUGCAUUUGAGGGCGCUGCAAAUGCGCCGAAUUUAGGAAGCAGGCUGGAGUCCGAUCAUGCAUGGGCUGCAACCUUUUAUGCGGUGCUCAGUUUAGGGGUCCUCCAUGAACAGGGCGGAUCUUUUGCACCGUUGCAGGGACCCGCAUGGCCUAUCUUUCAACGAGCUAUGAAGCUCUUCCCACUCCUUUUGAUGGCCAAAAAGACUGUGGCUAUCGCGCAGGCGUUGUUUGCUCUGAACUAUUCUAGCUGGUCGCUUGAGGAAUUACUGGUGACAGAAGCUGCACGGAUCUGCGUCUCUCUGCAUAUGAACAAAAUCAGCCAGCCGACCGAGGAUACAGAUGCAUACAGCAGGGUAUUUUGGACUGUGUACUGUCUUGAAAAAGAGUAUUGUUUUCAGUCCUCGUCAUCGACUAUAAUUGACGAUGCUGAUACUCGCUGUCCAUUCCCGGAGUUGCCACCAGAACAAACAUCAUUGUCGGGUUUCGGCAUCUUGAUCGAAUUUUAUCAGCUUCAAUCACGAGCAUACAGGAGCCUCUUCACGGUCACGGCCCUCAACAACUCUUGGGAAGUCGUCUGCACCCAAAUCGACAGCUUGCGAAACGAUCUUGAGGCUUGGAAACUCUCCACUCCUGUGGAAUAUCGCCCCGGACUUCACUUGCGUAUGCGACAAUUUCCCAAACCAAGCUUCAUUUUGAUGGCGUUACAGCUCCAUUUGUCAUAUCACAUCCUUGUCAUAGGGAUUGCUCGCUUGGAUAUCUACUUGAAUUGCAACACCGAUGCGGUUCGUGCGGCUAAGAGCAAAACGAUACUAAUGGAAGCGGCUCGUUCUAUUGCUGAUGUCGUGCAACUAGUCCCAAUGGAGCCUUCCACGCCUAUAAACAUGCUUGGACUAGCUCCAAUAAUUGCUACCUUUAUUCUCUUUGAGCUGGUAGUUUUCAACCCAUACCAUCCUGAGACGCCAAGAAACCAGGCCUUCCUCCAGAUUAUGGCUGGGUAUUGGGUUCGAUUAGAUGUGGUAUCUGAUGGACAAGUAGCUGGUCAACUUCUGUCUGAGUUCGCCAGUAUUUCGCAAGAAUCUUUAAGUAGAGCUCGGGCGUUCGAGGACAGUAGCGUCCAGCAGCUGAGGUCACCGGCAGCGUCAACCGUGGAGCAGAUCGUUCUUAGUGAGGACCUGGCGUUACAUGGUGGGCGGCUGGCUGGCGGCCAAAUUGGUGACCAGCCAACAUUGCUUGCAACAACCAAUGGCAUUGCUGGAAGCGACGAUUUUCCACUAGAUAUCCCCUUGCCGAAUGACUGGUUCGAGAAUGGGAUGUUCGAAGGCGAGCUUAGAUUCGUCGACGUGUUCGGUAAGGGGGUGGACUGAGAGGGGAUGAAUCCUCCCUGGUCGUGGCAAGUCGGUGAAGUGCAAGCGACAAAUCCCUGGCAUUUGCUCCGUAGUAGCUCGCCAUGAGGUCAUGUGAGGCGCACCAGAAUUUUCUUUAGCUCCUAUUUGUACAAUCUAAUGGAAGUCAACUGGCAGGUUGGCUCGUGUGUUUGGACGCUUCGGAGGUUUCCGAAUUGUGGAUUUUGCCAAUGAGGUGCCUGAAGCUAGGAAUCUACAGAAGGCCCAACGUGUAACACCGCCAUGGAUUUGUGGGGCUUCGUACAUAGCAGCGAAUCG